AUGUCUCUAAAAUCAGCAAAAGAAAUCUGGGAUUACCUCAAGGCUGAGUAUGCAGGAGAUGAGAGGAUUCGUGGAAUGAAAGUCCUGAAUCUAAUUAGGGAUUUCGAGUUACAGAAGAUGAAGGAGUCUGAGUCAGUGAAAGAAUAUUCUGACAGACUUCUUAGCAUUGCCAACAAGGUGAAAUUGCUUCGUUCUGAGUUGAACGACUUUAGAAUUGUAAUAAAGCUGCUAGUCACUAUUCCAGAGAAGUUUGAAGCCACCAUUACUACUCUGGAGAACACCAAGGACCUAUUAAAGAUUUCUCCUGCAGAGCUCUUGAAUGCUUUACAAGCACAAGAGCAAAGAAUAUCCAUGAGUCAAGAGGGAGUGAUAGAAGGUGCCUUACCUGUCAAGCAUCAAGACAACAACAGGUAUAAAAAGAAGAAAAAUUUUAAGAACCAGUUGACAAGUGAAGAAAAUUCAUCAGGCAAUUAUCAGAAGAGCAAAAGAGGAGGUGUCAAGAAAUCCUAUCCACCUUGUCACCAUUGUGAGAAGAAAGGCAGAGAAUCAAGUGAGAGCUGGUUGAUUGAUAGUGGGUGCACAAAUCACAUGACGUAUAACAAGAAGCUCUUCGAGGAAUUGAGAAACACUGAAGUCAAAAGAGUGAGGAUUGGAAAUGGUGAGUACUUAGAAGUCAAGGGAAAAGGCACAUGCUUGAUCAGAGAUGCUAAUGGCAGAAACUUGUUCAAUGUCAAAAUGAAGGGAAAAAGUUUUGCUCUUAAUCCAAUGGAAAAUGAGCAAAUUACUUUUAAACCCAGAGUUAGUGCCACUGAGACUUGGCACAAGAGACUUGGGCAGUUUCACAAUCGAGGAUUGCUUCAAAUGCAGUCGAAAAAGCAGGUGGAAAGACUUACAGACAUUGAUGAUGAUCUACCUCAUUUUUGA